GUAUCGCUGAAGAUCGCCGUCGCAAGCCUUUCGAUGAACAGUUGGACAACUUGUUGACCCAUUUCAAGGAGCAGCUUGUUCGUGCACAUGAGCGUGAUAUCGGCUGGCUAGUGGGGUCUGGAUCAUCCGCGGGCAGCAAAAAGAUGACCAGGGAUGAACUCAGCCCAUCAAUGCUCACAAAUUCCUUUCCCUUAUCGGAUGGACCAUGGACACGCAAUGCACUCCCAGAGCACGGAACUUUGCAACCAGAGCCGCCGCGGUGCAGUGCCGAAAUUGCGGUGGACAGGGAAGGAAGUAUUGGAAGCUAUUUGAGUUCGCGGGCCUCCAGACGAUCCCGUUUUCGCGCCGUUGCUGCAUUGGGCGAAAUAGGCUCAGAUGAGGUUUUGCCGCCGGCUGGUAGACUUGGUAUGCUGCGGGCAAGCUCCACCACAAGCGCUGUUUCACAAUGCAGCAUCACGACCUUGUCAGAAGCCACAGCGAACACGGCGGUUCUCAACUGGGCUGACAUAACAACUCGGCUGCUGAUGGAUAACGAUGUUCCUAUGUUCAAUCUUCACCCACGUUGGAAUAAUACUGCCUCGAGCACGCUGACACCUCGAGAGCUUCGCGAAUAUGAUGGGGACAACAUGCGAGCAUCGAGAUCUCUGGCUUCGGCAUCAAUAGAUUAUGAACCCGGCCCUGCCCGAGAAGGCGCAUGCAGCAUGCAUCCACACUCGAAUGCGCGACUGGCAUGGACAUUGUUGACUUUCUUGGCAUGGACGUUUGAGUUUAUAACGGUUCCACUUGAGCUAUCAAGCGAGAUUUCCAUUUACAACCGUCCACUACUUGCCUGGUGCCUGAUGUUCAUUUGGACGCUCGACAUUGUGCUUAGCUUCCGCACGGGGGUCUACGUGGAAGGGCGGUUGCACAUGGACUCCCAAACUAUAGCAUGCGAGUAUGCGAAGUCGUGGCUUCUUCUUGAUCUCAGCGUGGUGAUUGUGGAGUACGUUGCAGUCAUUACGCAGGACAUCAGCCCUUCAACAGUCUCUUUGUUGCGCAGCUUCCGUUUCUUCCGUCUAGUCAAGAUGCUGCGCUUCAAGAAGCUGCAUUCGAUGCUGAAUGAGAUUUUGUUCGAGCGAGCCAAGGUUCUUGCCGUCAACAUCUCCAUGUUCAAGACGUGUUUGGCAUACCUUGCUGGCCUGCAUAUUCUCGCAUGUAUUUGGCUGUUUUUGAGGACGUCGACCUCCCAGGGGAGAGACCUCUUUGCUCAGUAUGGAGUUGCUAUUGGUGAGUUAGCUGAUACAACCCAUGCCUACUUGAUUGCAAUCCACUGGGCUUUGGACUUCCUUCUCUGGUGUGAAAUUGAUGUGCUCGAAUCACAAACGGAUCAAGUCAUUGCUGCGCUAGCUCGCUUGAUAGGCUUCGUUGGCACCUCCAUUUUCCUAGCGCGAAUAGCCUUCCUGGUGCAGCAGUACGUGGACUCCAACUUGAACAACUUGCAAGAUGUCUGCAACCAUUUCUUGGAGACACAUGCCAUUUCUACCGACCUCUCUGUUCGUAUGAAGAAGUUUGUGAUUUCCUGUUACCAGCAGUCAUGGUUGGAGAGCAAACUGCAGGAGGAGCUGAAUCUGUUUGCGAAGAUGCCGAAGAAUUUGCAGACAGAUCUGUAUGAAGAGUCCCGUGGCCCUUUUCUUUCCAAAAGUUCCUUUAUGGCAGCCUUCCAGGAGCGCUUUCGUCCUUGCUUUCGCCACAUAUGCACAGAGGGGCUCACUGAGGUAGUUGCUCAACGGCAAGACGUUAUCUUCACUUCCGGCUAUCAUGGAAGCUCCAUGAUCUGUCUGGUAUCAGGGAUGUACAGCUACAAGCUGGCGAGGAAGCACACCUUGCUGGGACACCUGGGGCAGUUGUUAGCUCCCAGAACAUUGAGGGCAAGACAAAUAACGGUGGCGCCUGCGCGUUCAAUCUGUGAGAUAGCGCUUUGGACCAACUGGAUUCACACAGGCACUCUGCAGGUUGUUCAGAGCGGCUACUAUUACACAGUGCCGGCCGAUGUCCUGAGCAAUAUCAUCGCAGCUUAUCCAGAGGCCAACCGCACAGCCACAGCUCAUGGGCGUCUUGUGGUGAUUCAACUUCACCACGUACGCAACGACUGUACCGAUCUCACGCCUUUGGAGAUUGACUUCAACUCUUUGCGCAAGGUCACGGUAAAAUUUAUGACCGAGGGUCAUAUGGUGUUCUUGUCGCAUUUCAAGAAGGAAGCCGGGACGGAGGCAGCACUGAUGCAAGAUGCCCUAAUGAACAAGAUUCAAAUGGACCCUCACCACCCUGCGCAUUAUCUUGAGCAUCCAGUUUUCUUGGACUCAGAGAACCUGGAAGAUCUUACCAAACUGCGCGAUCACAUCCAGAAGAGCAGGAACAUGGUGAUUUUGCUGACGCCCGGCAUCUUUGAGCGGCCCUGGUGCUUGGUAGAGAUGGUCUCUGUGCCUUGGCUAGUUUAG